AUGAGCAAGGCAAUAACACCAAUCCUGUUACUCCUACUCACAUUGCUUUCUCAUACCACACCUUCUCUCUCAGAAAGAUGCCACCCAGAAGACAAAAAAGCCCUUCUCCAAAUCAAAGAAGAACUCAACAACCCAACCCUUCUCUCCUCAUGGAAACCAGAUGCUGAUUGUUGCCACCUAAGCUGGUACGGUGUCGGUUGCUAUCCUGAUCAUAACCGUGUUGGCUCUUUGAUUAUCUCACACAGCGACGACAUUGUAGCCCAAUUUCCACCUUCCGUUGGGAACUUACCAUACUUGGAGACUCUAUACAUUUCGAGUUUUCCAUAUCUCACUGGCCCAAUACCUCAAUCCGUAUCGAAACUCACUAAUCUCAAAUUUGUCACAAUUUCCUUGACCAACGUAUCAGGCCCAGUACCCAAUUUCUGGCCCUCUAGUAAAGGCCUCGUUAAUUUGGAUCUCGCGUUCAAUAGCCUCUCUGGAACACUCCCUCCCUCACUCAACAAGUUCGAAAAUCUAUCAGCGAUCUACUUGAACGACAACAAGUUAACAGGACCAAUCCCUUUGUCCUUGGCAAGGUUAAACUCGUCCCUUUUUGACUUUUCUAAUAACAGGUUUGAAGGUGAUGCUUCCAUGCUUUUUGGUUCCAACAAAGCGACAGCGUCAAUAGAUCUUUCACGGAACAUGUUUUCUUUCGAUUUAGGAAAAGUGGAGUUGUCUAAGACAAUGACAUCGUUAUAUGUGAACAACAAUCAGAUAUACGGAAACCUACCCGUGGGAAUAGAAAAUAUUUUCUCAUUGAACGUGAGCUACAAUAGGUUGUGCGGUGAGAUUCCGAAGGGUGGUAAUAUGAAGAGAUUUCAUGUGUCUACGUUCUUUCAUAACAAGUGCUUGUGUGGGUCUCCACUUCCACCUUGCAAGUAA